UGAACGGAGGCAGGCAUGACGACAGAUGGCUUUACAGUCUGAGGGAUUAUAUAUUAACACCGAGCAGCUCAGAUUCUCCUGCACACACAAGUGGAUACACCCACUCACGUAGACUAGUGGAUACUGUUUACCCAAACACACAAGCCAGCAGAAUCAUGCCAGAGACAAAACCGGUGUCUCACAGGACAUCCAGCACACAGUAGAAUCAGAAGGACGAGGGAUUUGACCCAUGGACGGAGACACGGAAAGCAGUUUUUCCUCGGUCACCAUGGAGGUCUGGAGCUCCUCAUCGUCUGAGGAGGACGAAGAGGACAAGAGUGCAUCCAGUCUAGGGGAUGAAAUAGUUGAGGAGGAGAAGAAAUACCACAACAGCAAUAACAAUAACAACAAUGACAGGCUCUGCAGGGAGGUGACACAAGUGCUGUGCUCAGACAGAGUGGGCCAGGUCACCAAGACGUAUCAUGACAUUAAGGCAGUCACCCACCUGCUGGAGGAGAAAGAGCGGGAUCUAGAGUUGGCAGCGCGGAUUGGUCAGUCCCUCCUGAAGCAAAACCAAGAACUAACAGCACGCAAUGAAAUGCUGGAUGAGCAGCUUGAAAUUGCAAAGGAAGAGAUUGCUCAACUUCGCCACGAGCUCUCGAUGCGUGACGACCUCCUGCAGUUCUAUGCAAGCACUGAGGAGAUCGAGAACGCUCAGUCGCAAUCACCAAUAAAGAGGAAUGAAUCAUGCAGUUCUCUAACCAACUUCGUCCACUAUGACUUCCUGCAGCAGAAACUGAAGAGCUUAGAGGAUGAGAACCGCAAACUGAGAUUAGAGGCCAAUGAGCUCUCAACAGAGACGACUAACUACGAGGAGCAAGAACAGGAGCUGAUGAUGGUGUGUGUGGAAGAGCUCUCUUCUGUCAAUAAGCAGGUGGUCAAUCUGUCAGAGGAGCUGGCACGGAAAGUCGAGGAUUCUCUCCGACAGCAGGAGGAGAUCAGCUCACUGCUCGCUCAGAUUGUUGACCUGCAGGCUCGCUGUAAAGGACUGACCCAUGAGAAUGAGGAGCUGAACCAACAGCUGAGUGUCUCCCGCGAGAGCCAGCUGAAGCUGAAAUCAGAGCUCAAGGACUUGCAGGACAAGUACUCAGAGUGUGAAGAUAUGCUCCAGGAGGCCCGAGAGGACAUUAAAAAUCUGCGAAACAAGAGCCUUCCCAACAGCACGGUGCAGCGAUACACUUCACUGGCCUCCGUCCUUCCCAUGGACUCUCUGGCAGCAGAGAUAGAAGGCACCUUCCGCAAAGGCCUGGACACCCCAGCUCCCUCCGAGUACAAGAACCACCCGUGGCGAGUGUUUGAAACGGUGAAGGUGGCGAACAAGGCUGUGCGGUUACGGUCACGGUGCCACUCACCGGGUCUGCCAGGCUCUAGUCCGGUGUCUGCACGGUCCAGCUGUACCAGCACCCCCCGAACCAGCUACUAUGGCUCAGAUAAUGCCAGCCUUACCCUGGAGGACAAGCCCAGCUCCAAUAAUGCACAGAAAGAAGACAACAGUGUUAGCGGGCCGAAACGUCUUGGUCAGCCAGGCACACCGGGAGGCCAGGACCUCGAAGCUGCCUUGCGCAACCUCUCAGCUCGCCAGCAGAACCACUCCUCUGAGCGGCCUUUCUUUGACGUGGAGCGUGAACGGAAACUCCGUGCCUUGGCAGCAAACUGCGAGGAGGGUGAGGGCUCCAGUAGUGGCUUCCUGACACCAAACGACAGCCUGGUCUCCAGCCCGGCAGCAUCAACAGGAACCAACUACUCCAACGGCAGCUCACGGCACUCCUGUGGCUCCUCGAGUGGAUCCAGGUCCUACCUGCCCGACCGUCUGCAGAUUGUCAAACCUCUGGAAGGCUCGGUGACUCUGCACCAGUGGCAGCAGCUGGCCAAACCCAACCUGGGCGGCAUCCUGCACCCACGCCCCGGUGUCCUGACGAAAGACUUCAGGGAGCUCGAGGUCGACAUACAACAUGUCUACAGCCUGAACGACCUGGAGGAGGAUGAACCUGACCUGACACAGCUCACUGGAGCUCAUGGCAUGGUCUCUCCAUCGGGUCACAACCUCCCUCAGACCUCUCCCACACAUACCAUUACCACCUGCCAAGUCCACCAACCCUCCCUUCUCAUACCCUCCUUCUCCACUAGUGGCAGAAAACGUCUGUCGAGGCUCUUUCUCCAACUCUAGAAGGAGCCCUCGGGGCAAACCUUCACUCUUUCGGCCUGCCAUCUUGUCGGAACUGUGAGCACGUGAGCACUCCUCCUUCCCACCAGCAGCACUUUGGCCGGGGAGGUCGGACCACCACCACCACCACAGACUUAACCACUUCAUCACUGGGACUCCUACAGCUGCUGCAAGAACGCGGCAUCUCAGCCUCUCCUCAUCCCCACCACAACCUGCACUACAGCCAUAGUGCAACACCUGCAUAUUCCACAGUAAAAGACAAAGGCGGAGCUUCAUCCUCGGACAAAGAGGGAAGAAGGAACAUUUUCAGUUUGAACUUGGUAGAGAAGCUUCAGAGUCUCGGGCUGCACAGAGUGGCAGCCUGGGGGAUGAUGGGUCGAGGUGGCAAAGAGAGAGACACAAUCAGACAUCCUCCAAAAGUGUGACGUGCUCACUGCUUCCUCCUCUUUCAUUCACCUUAGUGACUUUGCAUUAAACCAUGUGCAGUUCAGGGCCCACCACAGCACCCGUGUCUUGAAAACAAAAGCCACAGAAUGUGUUAGAGCCAUAAGUUUGAGUUGUUGGUAGUGUACAGUACUAUCCUUUUUCUACGAACUCGUGCACGUGACUUGUUCUUUGCGUGUGAGACAUCUUCAUCUCAGGACAGCCACCUGAUCACCAAUCUGUCUGACUCACACAUUGCUUGUUUUUACACAAAAAAUGAACAUCAUGAAGGAAAAAAAACAAACUUUUUUAUACUUUUUAGUUUCCAAAGUGAAAUGUGUAAGUAGUAACAGUGUUUAAAAUAAAAUACAAAAAACUGUUUGUGCAGUAAAUAACUGUUAGUUAAAACCACAAAACCAAUUCUAUAACACUGAGGAGUGUUCAGAAUGCACUAAAGUACACUCUUGGUCUUCCUGCUUAUACGCUGCUACACUGAGAAAAGCAUGUUGCACGUAAGAUUGUCAAACAUACUGAUUAAGAAGCACUGCAGAAAGAUCUUCUCCCAACAGCGCAGAAGAUGCAGUGACCGAGCUGAAUAAUGGUAAUAAAGCUGACAUCCUUUAGCUGUCUGCCCUGCACUUCAUCACACAGUAGUAGCAGUAUCACCUCUGUUCAAAGUUCUGAAUUUGUGAACUUUACUCUGAGCCAAACCUUCACCGAAACCAAAUCAGGUUUGCUUUCACUGCAUCGAAGGCCGUAAACGGGAUGUUUUUGAAGCAAUAUGUCUACUAACUGACUGUCUGACUGAAAGUCUUGCUUGGACAAAUCUGCUGUAUUUCACGGCAUCAGGAAUUUUUAAAAACCUGCUGGGAUUUAAAUUUGAGCAAAAAUCAUGUUGGGCAUUCAGAGUGAUUGCUCGUGUUUAAUAAAUGCAAGUAUAAGAAAUGUCAUAAUUAUUUAAGCAGCAUGUUUCUUUCUGAAAAAUCACUUGUAGGAAAAUAAAUUUUAAAAAGGCAUAGGAUACUGUGGAUUUAAAAGGGAAGAAAUAAAUACAGGCUGUAAUGAUUUGUUUUCUGACUUAAAUCAACCAAACCACUGUUUCUCUGCACUACUGUUUGCUGUAGUUUGUGUUAGCGUCACAGCUGUAUGUGUCGGUGUGUAUAAAUUGUACCAGCUGUUAAUAAAACCUUCCAUCCAGUA